AAGACUGUCAACAUGUGCUUUUUUUAUUAGUAAAUAAAUUCAAAUUGAAAUUCGCUAGCGCUUGCAUUUAAGUUUUGAAAAACAGUCAAAAUGCAACAACCACAUCGUCCCGGCCAUUUCAAGCAGAGCAAUAAAACUCACAAAUCACGCCAUCGCUCAAAACGAGGCAUCGCCGCUGCUGUAAAAGGAAAAGUCAACUUGAAAGAAAUUGUUCGACGUAAUCGUCGUGAGCUGAGAAAAGACGAUCGCCGUCAUCAGGCUUCACAAAUUCGCAAAAAUAAAAGGGAAGAGGUUUUAGCUGCGAAACGUGCUUUAGGAGGCACUAGGAAUCCGCCGUUUCUAGUUUGUGUCGUUCCGCUUAAUGCACAACUCGAUGUAGGAUCGGCACUCGCCAUUCUGAAGACCUGUUCUGAUGGAGCUGUCGUAAACGAGUCUGAAAACGGAAUUGUACACAUCGGGUUGCCGAAUUUCAAACAGCGGUUUUCGUUUAUUUGUCCUGAAGUAGGUGACGACUUUGCACUUCUUGAUGUUUUAAAAAUAGCUGACACUGCCCUCUAUGUAAGCUCAGCUUUAGAGGAACCAGUUGAUGAAUGGGGAGAAAAAGUUUUAGCACUCUCUAUGGCCCAAGGAAUGCCUACCCCUGUAGUAGUAGCAAUGGAUAUAGAGGGAGUCCACCCAAAGAAACGCACUACAGAAAAACAGAAUGUUCAGAAAUUGGUCUCAAAAUGGCUUCCAGAAGAAAAGGUAAUGCAAUUAGAUAAAAAAUCAGAUGGUUUGAACUUGUUAAGGAAAAUAGGAAAUCAGAAACGUAACAUAAUACAUCAUAGAGAGAAAAGACCCUAUAUGCUGGCUGAGGAAGUUGAAUAUGUACCUGAUUUAGAAGGUAACAGUGGUACUUUAAGAGUAUCAGGGUAUUUACGAGGAAUGGCACUUAAUGUCAAUGGACUUGUUCAUAUUACUGGACUUGGUGACUUUCAAAUGACUAGAAUAGAGGGUUUUGAAGACCCCCACCCAUUUAAUUUGGGGAAAGAAAAUACUAAUGAUGAUGGUAUGUAUGCUGAAGUCACAAAAAUGUCAGUUCUCGCAGUAGCUGAUCCUGCGAAGCAAGAGAGUCUUCAAUCAGAGAAUGUGCCAGACCCUAUGGAUGCAGAGCAGACCUGGCCAACUGAAGAAGAAAUUGAACAAGCUAAUUUAGAGACACAAAAGAAAAAAAUCAAGAAAGUACCCAAAGGUUGGUCUGACUACCAAGCUGCUUGGAUUGUCGAAUCUGAUGCAGAGGAAGAUGGUGAUGAGUCUGAUAGUGGAGAUGAGAAAGAAAACGAUGAGUUUAUGUCUUGUGAAGAUGAUAAUUCUGAUCCAGAGGACGAUAAACAGUUCAAUGAUAUUGAAUCUGUUACCGAAUCAGAGGUUGGACCCACAGAUGAGAAGUAUGAUGCCACAAUAGACACUCAGGAAGAACAUGAGAUGUUGCAGAAGUUAGCAGCUGCAAAAGAAGAUCAGCAAUUCCCUGAUGAAGUUGAUACCCCGCAAGAUAUCCCAGCUAGAGAGCGUUUUAUGAGAUACAGAGGACUAGAGUCUUUCAGGACAUCAGCAUGGGAUGUAAAGGAAAAUUUGCCUCAGGAUUAUUCUAGAAUAUUUCAGUUUGAAAACUACGAGCGCACCAGGAAGAGGGUUUUUAAGGAACUCGAAGACAGUUUAGUUAAUAUGUAUGGCUUUUAUAUAAGAAUACAUGUAAAAGGUGUUCAUCAAGAUUUAUGGAAAGCCUUUAGUACAGCAAAUCCGAAUGCUCCAUUGGCUGUUUUCGGACUUUUACCACACGAACACAAAAUGUCUCUGAUGAAUGUAGUAUUAAAACGCACUGGUGCCUGCAAUGAACCUAUCAAGAGCAAGGAAAGACUUAUAUUCCAAGUUGGUUAUAGAAGGUUCAUUGUGAAUCCUAUAUUCAGUCAGCACACCAAUGGCAGUAAGCAUAAGUACGAGAGAUUCUUCCAACCGGCAUCAACUUGUGUUGCAUCUUUCUUUGCACCUAUACAGUUCAGUCCAUCUACAGUGCUAUGCUUUAAGGAAAAAAAGAACACAAAGCUGCAGCUUGUAGCAACUGGCGUACUACUCUCAUGCAGCCCUGAUAGAUUAGUUAUAAAAAGAAUUGUACUCUCUGGACAUCCAUAUAAGGUUCAUAAAAAGUCAGCCGUCAUACGAUUCAUGUUCUUUAACAGAGAAGAUAUAGUUUACUUCAAGCCCUGUAAACUAAGAUCGAAGUAUGGACGUACUGGACACAUCAAAGAACCUUUGGGUACUCACGGUCAUAUGAAAUGCGUUUUCGACGGGCAACUGAAAUCACAAGAUACCGUACUAUUAAACUUAUACAAACGAAUCUUCCCGAAAUGGUCCUACGAGAACUGUAUAGUUACAAGCAAAGACAAUGAUGUUGUAAUGGAGUAAACUAAUAUAUUUAUGU